CCCCCUCAUCUCUCUCUUUCCCUCCUCCCUCUCUCCAGACAGCACUCCCGCCGGCCUCCACCGCCGCUGCCGCCUCUCUCCACCCACCAGCGAAGCUUUUUCAAUGAAAUCUGUGAGCCCGUUGCCGUGUCUUUUCCCCCUCCGCUCUCCGCCCCCAGUUUGCCACCCUCCCUCUCCAUUUAAAGGCAAAGCCCCCCGUUCGAUCUCUCUCUCACUCAUUGCCUACAAAAGUCGAAAUUCCCUUUUGUCUUGUGAUUCAGUUACACCGCAACCUACAAAAGCAGAUCCCACCACAGCCUCACUGGGGAUUCUGUUACACAAUGCUGCACAAGGUGUCUCGUAGCUUUGCUCUUGUGAUUCAGCAGCUGGGAACCGAGCUCCGUGACGCUGUAAGCUUCUUCUGCUCUUUCUGUUUGUAAAAGUUCUUUUUUUUUUUUGCCUUGGGAAUUUGAUUUAUGAUUUCUUUGAGCUACUGUGAUUCUUUUCUUCCCUGCCUCCCUCUUUCCUCAUCCCUAUUUUUUUCCAGAUCUGAUAGUCUCUACCGGUACCAAUACCACUGGUAACACUAUUGGUAUCAAUACCACUGGUAGCGCUAUUGGUACGCUACCACUACUCACUGGUACCAAUACCAGUGGCUCCCCUAUCAUCUGGUACCACUAUCAUCUGUUUGUUUUUUUUUUUUUUGUGUUAUUCGCUACUGGUACCUCUACCAAUGCUAGUGGUAGCGCUACCAGUGCUAGUAGCGUUGUGUUAUUCUCUACUGGUAGCGUUGUACUGGUAGCGUACCACUAGUACUGGUACAUUUUUUACUGGUACCGCUAGUACUGGUACAUUUUUUAACGUACUGGUAGCGUACCACUAGCACUGGUAUAUUAAUUACCAGUAGACUAAUAGAUUGGUACACUUUUUAACGCAUUGGUACAUUUUUUCAGGUUGCCGGAGGGAGUCUGCCGGAGAGAAUUCGCCGGAGAAAAAGUUUGUCGGUCGAUGCGGAGUGGCUGCUGGAGAAAGGAAGAGAGAGAGAUAGAUAGAGAUAUUAAUGUAUAGGAUUUAAAUUUCAAAAAAAAAAUUGUAUUUAAUAUGGGUUUUUAAUUCCCAAUAUAAUUAAUACGAAAAAGGUAAUUAAUAUAUUCCUUUUUUUCAUACCCAAAAUACCCUUGGUUGUGAAUCUGACAACCCUCAAUGGGGUUGUCACCGUAUCCCGUCCAAUGCCGGGACGGGAUACGGUGACAACCCCUAAGGGGGUUGUCAGAUUCACAACCCACUUCAUAGCCCUUGGAUACGCUCUCUCUCUUGUCUCUUUCUUCUUUUUUUAAAUUAACGGUUAAGAUUAAAAGAAGGAUAUUUUUGGAAGGGUAAAAAUUUACCACACCCAAUCAUUCACCCUACCAUAUAAAAAGAACAAAAACCCUAACUCCUCCAUCCUCCCUCUCUCCCGUAGACAUCACCAUCUCUCCUCCCCCUCUCUCCGCCGCCAUGGAUGGACUCUGCCCUCUUGGCUUUCCCCUGCCUCUAUAAGAAAAUCCAACUAAGUUUCAUAACCAGAGACGCAUCUCUCUUUUUCUUUGCACCCUUUAUUACCUCCCUCUCUUUGUCCUUCCUCCUUUGUCGUCCUUACCCACCACCAAAGUUUUGUUCGUUUGUUUCUCUCCCGGUUUCGCGAAAUUGGGGUUUCGUUUUGAUUCCUCAGAGAACAGAGAAAUGGCGGAAGGGGUGAUUGAGCACAGAUCCUAUGCGCGGGUCUGCCUAUUGGGUAAUCCGAGUGACGUCUAUUUCGGGAGGACCAUCUCUUUCAGCCUUUCCAAUUUCUGGGCCACCGUCGUUCUUCGGCCUUCCGACGAACUCGUCAUCACUCCCCACCGCCUCGCCGCUGUCCUCCCCCCGCGCCCCGCCGCUGUCCUCCCCUGCCGCCACCAUUUUUAUGUCGCUACUGAUAGUCUCUACCGGUACCAAUAACACUGGUAGCACUAUUGGUACCAAUACCACUGGUAGCGCUAUUGGUACGCUACCACUACUCACUGGUACCAAUACCAGUGGCUCCCCUAUCAUCUGGUACCACUAUCAUCUGUUUUUUUUUGUUAUUCGCUACUGGUACCGCUACCAGUGCUAGUAGCGUUGUGUUAUUCUCUACUGGUAGCGUUAUACUGGUAGCGUACCACUAGUACUGGUACAUUUUUUACUGGUACCGCUAGUACUGGUACAUUUUUUAACGUACUGGUAGCGUACCACUAGCACUGGUAUAUUAAUUACCAUUAGACUAAUAGAUUGGUACACUUUUUAACGCAUUGGUACAUUUUUUCAGGUUGCCGGAGGGAGUCUGCCGGAGAGAAUUCGCCGGAGAAAAAGUUUGUCGGUCAAUGCGGAGUGGCUGCUGGAGAAAGGAAGAGAGAGAGAGAGAGAUAAAUAGAGAUAUUAAUG